CACUUAAACUAUACACAGUUUAGAUUAUCUUUAAAUAAACUGACGUGAUGCAAACAUGGAUCUGUUUGUCAUUAACGUCCAAGCUCUCACGGAGAAACUCCUGCAGAGACAACGUAAUGAAAAUUUGAAUGAAGUAAUUGAGAAGCUGUUCGCUGAAGUCCUAUCCCUUGAGCAUCCCACUAAAAUACAGGAUUCACAGGUUGAAGAAAAUGCUAUUCAGUUAUGGAACUGGGCUGUGACCAAAAAUGUUGGUUCAUCCAUCAAUGAACAACAAAAAGCCAAAGUACGUCAUGUGGCCUGCAGACUCCUGUAUUUAUGUGAAACUGAGAACCCAUCAGAAAAUGCCAUUCGCAAGCAGAUUUUGAUGGCCAGCAAGACAGGGAGAACCUGGCUGGACUGCAAAAAUCCCAAGCUUGCUGAUGAUUUUCUGAGUCUUGCUGUCAAUAGCCUGGAGACUCUUUACUCCAGACUGACAUCCCACCGAGAUGGUGUUGCUGAUAUCAACACACCCAAAGGAGAUGUAGAGAAAGAUUUGCUACGGGUUCUUUCUUAUCAAGCUGAAUCAGCAGUUGCUCAAGAUAGCCACCAGGUGGCAGUGUCCUGUAUGCAGCGAUGUAAAGAAAUGCUUCUGAGGCUACCCAAGGAGACUGGCUACCUGUCCCUCAUUUGCUAUAACUUUGGGGUGGAUACAUAUAAUAGAAAGAAGCAUGAAGAAAGUUCAUUUUGGCUCAGUCAGAGCUAUGAUAUAGGGAAGAUGAAUGCGAAGUACUCUCCUGGUCAGGAAAUGCAAGCCAAAGUCUUGAGACUUCUUGCUACUGUUUAUAUGGAAUUCGACUCUCAGAAAUACCACGAUAAAGCUCUUCAUGUGGUUAGCCUGGCCAAUAAGGAACACCCAUACCCAGCAGGCUUUUAUCUGAAGAUUCGCAUUGUGCUGAAGACCGGAAAACCAGAUGAAGUUGUCAAAUCUGGGCUAACAGAACUACUUGAUUCUGAGGUUCCUCUGGAUGUGUGUCUUAGCACAGCAAAACUGCUGAUGGCAGAAGAUAGAGAAGCAGUGGCGUUUGACUUUCUGAAGAAGGUGUGUCAGCAGUUUGAAUCUUCUCCUGAGCUGGGAGCUGUACUCCUGUUGCAUAUCAAGCUGUUGUUGCAGAGAGGCAAAGAGCUUCUGGGCAAGCAGAAAAUCGAGGAUGUAAUCACAGGACAUUACACAGGAACACAGUUAUCGCCACAGACUCUCACCUCCUUCCAUCUACUACUGUGGGAUAAGGCUUCAAAACACUUUGAGGCCAAAAACUACUCUGAGGCUUUGCAGUGGUACAAUUACUCAUUGAGUUUUUACAAGGCAGGUAAGCUUGAUCAAAACCUGGCCAAACUGCAAAGGAACAGAGCUUCCUGUUUUCUCCAUCUGCAGAAAUUAGACAAGGCCAAGGAAGCUAUUUCAGAGGCAGCCAAGUGUGAUCCAGACAGCAUCUUUACCCAGUUUAGUAUCUACAAGAUUGCUGUUUUGGAAAACAAUAUAGAGAAGGCUGCCGAUGCUAUGAGGCAGAUUGGUGUACUGGCCCAGGCACCUGUCACCAGUGAAGACAGACUUCUCGUAACUGAGACUGCAGCUGCAAACAUUCUCAACCUAGCUGCUCAGAUUGCCCUGGAGAAUGAGCAUCAGGAACUAGCUGUGAAGGCCCUAGAGAAUCUGUGUGAACACUCACAAGAUGUAACGCAAGUACUUACUGCCCUCAGGUGUUUAGUUCGACUUGUGCUUUCAGUAAUGGAGAACAACAAUGAAGAAAACUGGGAUGCCAAUUUAGAUCUGCUCUUGUCCUAUUUAAAGAUGGCCCUACAGAAUCUACCCCAGUUGAACCAAGUGCCAGGCCAAGGGCUUGCUCAGUGCUCUAAGGAGGCCAGCUGGUUCAGACGGAUAGCCUGGAACACAGCCCUACAGUGCCAGGGCAACACAGUUAGGAUGAGAGAUUUCUUUGUCCUGUCCUAUCAGCUGUCAUUGCUGUGUGUCCCAGACAAAGGCGUGUUGAUGGGGCAGAAGACAUGUCUGCUGAUGUCUGCUGCAGCCUGUUUAGACAUAUGCAGAAAGGCUCUUCAGUCUGAGCAACAGACUGAGAUCUUAACACAGGCUUUGGAACACAUUCAGAUCUGCUGGGAGAUAUGGAGGGCUUUAAAAGCCUCAGGUGAUUAUUCCAAAGACCCAACUGAUACCUUGUUACUUUUGUAUGAGUUUGAGGCUCGUGCCAAGUUAAACGACCCUAAGCUUGAGUGUGUGCUUGAGUCAGUCCUGGAGCUUCAUGACAUUGACACCAAAGUGCUGGAGACAAUGGCAGCUUUAGCAAUGGAGCCCCCAGCCCACUUCCCGGUGCUGUGUAAGAAAGCUUUGAGAAUCGCUCUCGCGCUACACAAGCAAAGCCCACAGGCAGAUUUGUCACGCUGCAUUGACUGUGUACACAGUUUGAUCCAGCUGUCUCUGCCUAGCGGUGUAUGUGAAGUAGAGUCCCGCAUGUUGGAGGAAGUGUGGGGUUACUAUGAGGAGGCCCUGUCCAUCAUAGCUGCUGCAGUCGAGGACUUUCCCAAGCUGGAGAUCCUGUGGCUGUUGACCAGAGCAUGGAACACAGGUAUCCUUCUCUACAGCCUGGGCCAGUAUUCUGAGGCGGAGAAGUGGUGCAGCCUGGGGAUGAGCUUCCUGCGUUACCUGGGCUCCCUACAGGAGAGCUAUCAGUCCCAGAUGUCUGGUCUGUACAGUGAGGUGUUGGACAGGUUAGACAAAGCCAAGAUGAACCUCAUAAUGGAAGAGUGA